CUUUCCUUCCUUCCUUCCUUUUCUCUCUCUCUACUUCCUUCCUUCCUUCCAUCUCGCUCUCUCUCUUUCCUUCCUCCCUUCCUUUUCUCUCUCUCUUCUUCCUUCCUUCCUUCUUUUUCCCUCUCCCUCCCUUCCUGGGGGCGGCGGCGGAGAGGAGGGGUCUCCGCCGCCUCCGCCCGGCCUGGCCCUCCUCCUUCCCCGCCGGGGCGAUGGCGAUGGCGGCUGGGGUGGCGGCGGCGGAGGGUCGCCUGGCCCGGCAGGAGCGCGAGGUGCGGGGCCUGGCGGCCGAGGUGGCGCGGCUGAAGGAGGCCUCCGCCUGGGCGUCCCCCGAGCGGCCUGGCCCGGAGCUGCGGGCGCUGCGGGAGGAGAACGAGAAGCUGCGCUACCGCCUCCUCCACCUCCGCCGCAGCCUGGCCGCCGAACGGGCCCGCCAGCAGGACUUUCUGGAGACCAAGACCAAAGACACCCCCAGAAAUGAGGAAAGGGAGGAGAAGAAGACAGAGCCCCGAGUUGCCAAAGGGGCCCCACCAGAAGAUCCGACCUUCAUCCGGAGCAGACUGGAACUCUACGAAGAGCUGAAAAAGGAGAGCGAUGCACUUCUCCGCUCCAGAGCAUCUGGCCAAAGUCAGACAAUCCAAAUCACGCUUUCCGAUGGGAAGGUGACGGGUGGACAGGCCUGGAAGACAACGCCAUACCAGGUGGCUCUUGACCUCAGCCGGGGAGUUGCCGACAGUGUCGUCAUUGCCAGAGUGAAUGGGGAAUUGUGGGACCUCGACCGGCCGAUGGAAGGAGAUUCCACUUUGGAACUGCUGACCUUUGAGAACGAAGAUGCUCAGGCGGUUUAUUGGCAUUCCAGUGCCCACAUUCUUGGUGAAGCCAUGGAAAAUUACUACGGGGGAUGCUUAUGUUAUGGACCCCCCAUUGAAAACGGCUUCUAUUAUGACAUGCACAUGGAAAAGAGAGGGGUAUCCAGUACAGAGUUGCUUACUCUGGAGAACAUUUGCAAAAAUAUCAUCAAGGAGAAGCAACCAUUUGAAAGGCUCGAAGUCCGAAAAGAAGAUUUGCUAGAAAUGUUUAAAUACAACAAGUUUAAAUGCCGGAUUCUGAAUGAGAAAAUCCACACACCGACCACAACUGUAUACAGGUGCGGUCCCUUGAUCGAUUUAUGCAGAGGUCCUCAUGUGAGACACACUGGAAAAAUAAAGGCCUUAAAGAUAAUUAAGAAUUCGUCGACCUAUUGGGAGGGGAAGUCCAAUAUGGAAACCUUGCAACGGAUCUAUGGAAUCUCUUUCCCAGAGGCCAAAAUGAUGAAGGAGUGGGAAAAAUUCCAGGAGGAAGCCAAAAAACGGGAUCACAGGAAAAUCGGCAAGGAACAAGAACUCUUCUUUUUCCAUGACCUGAGCCCUGGAAGUUGUUUCUUUCUUCCCCGCGGAGCUUUUAUUUACAAUACGCUCGUGGAUUUCAUCAAAGAAGAGUAUCAGCGGUGGAACUUCAUGGAAGUCGUUUCACCCAAUAUCUACAACAGUAAACUUUGGGAAAUGUCUGGUCACUGGCAGCAUUACAGCGAGAACAUGUUCUCUUUCGAGGCGGAAAAAGAAAUCUUUGCCCUGAAGCCCAUGAACUGCCCUGGACACUGCCUGAUGUUUGCCCAUCGCCCUCGGUCUUGGAGGGAGAUGCCUCUGAGACUGGCUGAUUUUGGGGUGCUUCAUCGUAACGAGCUUUCGGGGACCCUCAGUGGUCUGACGCGGGUGCGACGCUUCCAACAAGAUGAUGCUCACCUCUUCUGCACAAUGGAGCAGAUUGAGGAGGAGAUGAAAGGAUGUCUCUGUUUCCUGCAGUCCGUAUAUGCCAUUUUUGGUUUCACCUUCCAGCUGCAUCUUUCCACAAGGCCCAACAACUUCCUAGGGGAGAAGGAGAUCUGGGAUCAGGCGGAGAAGCAACUCCAGAACAGCUUGGAUGACUUUGGGGAACCUUGGAAACUCAAUCCAGGUGACGGGGCGUUUUAUGGGCCCAAGAUCGAUAUUACAAUCAAAGACGCUAUUGGCCGAUACCACCAGUGUGCUACCAUCCAGCUUGACUUCCAGCUACCCGUCCGGUUUAAUUUGACUUACGUUGGCAAAGAUGGCAACGACAAGAAAAGGCCUGUAAUCAUCCACCGAGCGAUUCUGGGCUCCGUGGAGCGGAUGAUGGCUAUCCUGGCAGAAAACUACAGUGGAAAAUGGCCUUUCUGGCUCUCCCCUCGGCAAGUCAUGGUGGUUCCUGUUGGCCCUACCUGCGAAGAAUAUGCUCAGCAGGUCUGCAACGAGGCUUCUGAAGCUGGACUUAUGACCGAUGUUGAUUUGGAUCAGAGCUGCACGUUGAAUAAGAAGAUAAGAAAUGCACAGCUGGCUCAGUAUAAUUUCAUUUUUGUGGUUGGAGAGAAGGAAAAAGCAGGCAACGCCGUCAACGUACGAACCCGGGAUAACAAAAUCCACGGAGAAGUUUUGGUUUCUUUGGCCCUUGAGAAACUACAGAAGUUGAAAGCCUCCCGUACUUUACACGCAGAAGAAGAAUUCUAGUCGUCGCCAACAAAGAGCGGAGAAAAACUGGCCACGUCCCGAGGGAUUGUAGUUUACUUGGAGCCAAAUCCUGGAAAUCCAGAAAGAUGGAAUUGCAGCCUUGGAUUACUUGCCCUUAUCCAGUCACCAAAAGAUGGUGGGAUGCCAGUUCUCUUAAAACGCAGUACAAAAUUGAAAUCACUUUUAGAUUCUUUUGGCUGUUUGUGUGCAUGGUUUUUUUUUUUUAAAAGGAAAACAGAGUUCCAAAGGAAACGGCUUGGGUCUCAUAGAGCAAAGAGUCCCCAAACUAGGCCACUUUUAAGACUUGUGGAUUUCCAACUCCCAGCGUGGCUGGCUGGGGAAUUCUGGGAGUCGAAGUCUACAAGCCUUGAAGUGGCUAAAUUUGGAGACCCCUGUCCUAUAGCGUAAGAGAUUUGUUUUGUGGAUAUUUAUUUAUAAGUGUGGGUUGCUGCUAUUGAUUGUCGGGGAAGCAGAAUAUCCUCCCUUCCCAUAAACAGAAAUAUUUAGGCUCUGAGCCGCUGCCUUUUAUAGGCAACUUUGCAAAUUCAUUUUAGUUUAUCUGAUGAUAUAUGAUAAGCAGAUAUAAGGUAGAAGGCCAGAGUGAUUAAGCAUCAGGCUAGAAACCAGGAGACGGUGAGUUCUAAUCCUGCCUUAGACAUGGAGCUAGGAGGGGGAUUCGGAGCCAGCCAUUUUCUCUCACGCCUAGGAAGGCGGGAAGGGAAAUAACUUCUGAAAAUCUUGCCAAGAAAAUUGCUGGAUCUUGUCCUGGCACUUGCCAGGAGUUAACACUGACUUGAAGGCACCAUCAUUUCCAGAGACAAGGAAGCCUCUGAUCUUUUCCCUCAAAUUCAAAUUCUAAAUUGUUCCUACAAGGAACACUUGUGAAGCUGUUGCAAAAUAGGCAAACUUCCACAUUCAUACCUUUUUAUAGUUUUUUGGAGGGGCGCUAUCCGUGAGGACGCUGUGCUAUCCAAAUGAGUUUAUCAAUUUUGCCAUCUCACUAUUGUACAUGUGCAUUUGCAUUUGCAUUGGAGAACUUGCAGAUAUGUUCUUGAUAAUGCCUUACUUACACUUUGCUUUCUUGAAGAAGAAAAAAAAAGCAGAUGUGUAUCUUCCUGGAUUGGUUAUCUCGCAGGAGAGUUUCUAAGAAAGCCGCAGAAGACUCUCCAAAGCUGGGGCUUUUAAAUUGAGGGACGGCAUAUGUAGAGUGCUUUGCCUCUUUGGCCGAAUAAAACUAGAACAUUCAUCCUG